GACGGACUGAAUAUAUAGUAUUCGUAGUGAUGUGAUCCAAUUCGUACACAAAAAAUACGAAUUCAUAAAUUAUAAACAAAGAUAAGCUAAGAGAAACGAAUUGUAAACGAGUUGAAAAGUUGUGGAAUUUUUAUUUGAUAUCCAAACGAAUCAAAGGAACGUGAAAAUUUCUAUCCAAAAUAAGUGUUGUGUUGUGUUUUUUGCGAAAAUUAAAUGGUGUAUUUGUUUUCUUAAUUUGGUUCGACUUGCAAAAGUUCAGAGAAUAUAAACAAAAAAAAAAAAAGAGAUCGUCCAGUCAAGGCAAUCAAUGUGGAUGAAAAAGUUGAACUGGGUGUUUGAUAAAAUCGUUCAAAUUGAGUAAGUCCUGUUCCAAAAAUGCAGUCCAUCCACAAUGGCAAUCUGUUGGAAAUUAUCGAUUUGGCACACUCGUUGAGACAGGAACAUUUAUUCAUUGCCAAUGAACAGGCUUCGUUCAAUCGCCUCAACGAAACACUUGGUCGGAAUGCAUCGAAUGUGGCGCAGUUGGCCUGGAUUUGCUCACAACAACGACAAAAUCUUAACAGUUUGAUCAUAUCGCGACCCGACACCGGUCCAACGGAAUGUUGUCACAAAGCAAAUUCGUUGGAAAACACGCGAUUUGUCGAGGCGCACAAAGCAAAAGGCGUCAAAUACGAACAUGUCCUUGCCUACAAUGAAUUGCUGAAUUUCCUGCAUCAUUCAACGUAUUUAUUAGCGCAAAGUUUAUCGGUCGGUGACCGAUUGGAGGAGAUUUCAAAUGAUCAAAUGAACUCGGUCGUAAAAACGGUGGCCACCGGUCUUUAUGGCAACGCAAUUCUGUCAAAGGAUGUCGAUUUGGUGUUGAGACUAUUACGUGACUUGAUUGAAAUACAAGUGAUUGUUAGUGAGAAUCCACGUCGAAUGUUGCGCAGUGGAUCAUGUUCAUUUUCCCGUCUCUACAGUCGACUUCAUGAGAGUUUAUUUUCGGCAAAAUUAUUUCUAACAGCCGCCUUGCAUCAGCCAGUUAUGAAAGUAUUAAUCGGUGACGAUUUAGUAUUGGACAUCGAUGCAAACAAAGCCGUUCAGAACUAUGCGGCAAAGGAACGACUGAAAAAAUUUGGAAUAGAAGGUACCGAUGAAUAUGCGCAAAAGUUCAACGAAUUUCGACGCAAAACAAUCGAAGCAUUAUUCGAACUAACGGAAUUGUUUAUAAAAUCGUUGAGUAACAAUUGGGCAAUGUUUCCGUCGACCAUGCGUUGGGUCGUACAAACAAUGUGUCAUUUGCUCAGAUCGGUUCACGUAAACGAUAAGGAAAUCAACGACAUUUUGACUGAUAUGAUUUUUACGAAUUUCAUUUGCCCGGCGGUUGUAAGCCCAGAUUUAUAUGGCAUAUCCGAUGCACCGAUUUCCGAAAAUGCACGCAUGAAUCUCAUUCAAAUUGGGCAAAUUUUGCAAAUGUUUGCACUCAUGAAACAUGAAGACAUCGAUCCAAAAUAUGUGGAAUUGUUUAGCAUGUUCGAUCGCAAUAUUAUCUCCGAGUUGAUGGAACAAUUACUUGAGACUGAGAAUGAUAUACGAGUCAGUUCGAUGGCAAUACCGCAUCAAAAUGAUUUUGGCCGUGGUCAUGUGCUGGUCACACAAAAUGAGCUCAACAUUUUUGUGGAUUUUUUGCGCACCGUAUUGGACAAUGAUGAGCUGACAAUUAGUGGUGAAGAUCGACGAAAAUUGAACAAAAUUCUUGAGCAACUACCAAGCACGGUUUUAAAUGGUGACCAAAGUACCAGCAACGCAGUUACGAUUACAACUGAGAGUCAAAGUAAAACAAAGCAGCUAAUCAAUUUGGGUAAAAGUACACGAAACAAAUUGGCGAAAUCGAUUAGUUUGAAUGUGGGCAGCGAUGAAUAUGCGGCUAGUGUUAGUGUGAAUGGAUCAGUUGGUAUCAACAAUAAUGUGUAUCACAACGUUGACAAUGAAAAUGUGCUUAUGAUUCCGAUAACGAUCAGUGAAGAAACAAAAUUUCAAUUGUUAACCGAACAAGAAGUACUCAAUAUGAAUAAUAUCAGCAAUGAAAUUGAACCUGGUCUCACCGAAGAAAAUGUUGAUACACUUGACAAAACAAACAAUGUGGCAUUCGAUGAUGAAUUGGGCGCUGUGAUGCCAACACGAAAACAUACACGAUUCUCACUUUCGCAAGACGAUCAAUCGAUUGAUAAUUUAGAAGUGGUUAGUGAAGCGCCGAGCAACCAUUCGGUUACCAGUUCAUUGGAAUUGGAGGAAAAUGAUCAAAAUUUAAACGAUAAUUUGUCGGAUAUGGUUUCAGCGAAUGUUUCUGGUCGUGGUACGCCAAACAUUAGUGGCCGAGAUACGCCAUCGUCACAAGUCACUGAAGGUGAAAAUGUUCAAAUUCCGACACCACAAAUGGCCAAAAUUCUGAAUAAAGCACGAUCGGAUAUCGAUGACAAAUUUUGUAAAUUUGAGAUUAAAAAAUUGGUCGAAGGCGAUGAAACGAUUUCGAUUAUAUCAGAUACAUGGUCAACGGAUGUAUUGGCAAGUGACUCAGAAACACUUGAACCAGUUGAAAAUGAACGAAACUUUUCCACACCAUUGAUACCAAGUGCUGUGGUUCUACCGGGUGAUAAUAAUUUUAAUCCAUUGGCCAAUCCACAACUGCGAGCCAAUUUCCUCGAUGCGUCCGACACACGAUCCGAAUCGGCGUGGUCGACCGAUGUGCUUGCAAGUGAUUCGGAAAAAAUGACCGAAGUUGAUACGGAUGAUAAUCAAAGUAUUGCAGCAAAAUCAGACACGACCGACGCAAAUCGGUCCGAAGGUGAUCCCAUACCCGAUUUAAUUCCGGUAAAUCAACGAGCACCCGAUUCGCCAUUCUUUUCACCACGUAAUCGUGCUCCGGAUUCACCAAUGUUUGCACCUCGGGCACCCGAUUCACCGCUUUUUGGCACAAAUCGAAGUUCACAUUUUGAUGAUCGACGUGGCACCCAAUCACCCCGAUUUCCAAAUGAAGACUAUGCACGAUUCGCAAGCACAUCAUCGCCAUCGGCUUCGAAUGCACGAAACUCGACAAACAAACGGUAUACAGACAGUGCAUUUCGAAAUUAUCGUUCGACACCAAAUGGAAAUGAAAGUUUUGAACGCGAUCCAUUUUUAACGACCGGUACUUCAACGAUGCGUCGUCAAAAUUCCGCUGAAAGCAGCAUAUCCAAUCAAUCAUCCACGUUAGAUGAUGCGGCCGCACUGAAUAAAUCAAAGCGGUCAUCGACAAACAAAUCAAACUUUUCGAUGAAUGAUUUUCUACGUGAAAAUGGUAAUUCGACUGAACAGGAAGAGAAUGUGGUGAAAACCAGUACGGACAUCAUAAAUCCAUUUGCCGAAGAUGAAUUGGGUGCACAAGGUACGAGCACAACGAAAUUGAGACACAAUGAUAGCAGCAACCAUCAAAGUGCUCAAUUCUCUGAAGAAACACCGGUUGAAUGCCGUCGAAUGUCCAAUGAACAACGUGCAUUGAACGCAAGCUUUGAUGGUCGUCGCAAUGGCAUCUCAUUUUCAACAGCCAAUACAAGCAGCAAUUCAAUAACCGCAGCUUCAGUUCAACGUUUUGCAAAGAGUUUAAACUAUGAAAAUCAUGAGAUUAUCGCAAAAACAAAAACAUCAAGUUUACAAUUGUUGUCGAGUUCGGCCACCGAUGACGAUAAAAAUAAACGACAAGAUGAAUAUUUGCUGGUGCAAAAAACAAUUUCAAUGUCACUCAAAGAUUCGGCUGGUCAACCGCCAAUGGAAAGCGGUAGCAGUGGCGAUGUAUUUACUGGCGCUGAAGCGCCGACGUCUACCGAUUCAGCGAAUAAAACAACAGCCAAGUAUACGGGUGCUAUUCCGAAAAGUAUUAGUUUCGAUGCAUCGGCUGAUAAAAAUAGCAAUGGACGAAAGGUUGAUGGAUCACCAAACACAUCGCCAUACCAUCAACCCCAUCAUUCGAAUGGUCGUCAAAAUGGCAACGGAAACGGUUUCUUUAGUAAAAUAAAAAAAGGAUUUCGUCGUAACAGUAAAAUGCCACGCGCCACAUUCGAAGACUAUACGGCCAUGCCAUUGUCAAUGGAAUCAAAUGGUGCCAGCGCAAGUAGCUCAUUGUUCGCAAAUACUUCACAAAAAUCAUCAAUUGAAAAUGGAUACAAUGAUUCCGAAGAUAUUUUGGAGAAAUAUAGACGUAAAAUCUCAUCAUCCAGUGAAGCUACCAAUUCAGAUUCGAUUGGACACAAUUUGAACAAUGAUCGAAAGAGUCUCAUGAGCACAGAUGAGCAUCACUUGGCUGGAAUGUUACACGAUGAAAAUAUUUAUUUGUAUACAAAAACCAAACAAAAGUUACGUCUCGUUCUAUCGACAACCGAUUUACACACAGCCGAUUUCCGACACACAAACUGCAAUAAAACGCCACCAAUACUCGUAUAUCUGCACAUUCAAUUGGCUCAAGCGCAAAAUCUUCAAAAUCUCCAGCAAAUUUCAUACGUUUCCGAGGCGAUACGGUCAGUCAAUCAAUUGGAUCAAUCGCAACAGCAGACCUUAAUUGCCGAUCUUCAGUCAGAUUUGGUGAAGCGACAAAGUUAUUUGCAAUAUUUAAUGCGAUAUCAUCAAAAUUUGCUGUCCGCACUGGAAAACAUUGAUCGAUUCGAGGAUCGAUUAAAGAAUGACCGUGAAAUGUGCAAUCGUCACUUGAUUAUGGUUUGUGUUCGAAUGUUUUUGAAAAAGUGUGAAUCGGUUAUCGAACAAUUUGAAGAACGAUUUUCUGAAUUAACCGUAUUCGAUGAGAAAAUCGACAUAAUGCUGGAUUUUAUGAACCGACUGAUGGACGACUUGAAAUCAGAUGGAGUAUUGCAAGGAAUGGCCGAUUGGCAACUACAUGAGGCACGAACUUGUAUCGAACGGAUAUUACUGCAACGACUCUAUCGACAAGUGCUGUUUCCAAACGAUGAUGCUGACCUUUCACGUGAUGAAGUAUUGCACGAACACAUUCGAAAAUUGUCUACAAUCAUUACGCCAUCACACAGUGCACUUAGAAUUCCAAAGGCAUUCUGGAUUGAAUCUCCAUGGCCAUUUGCUCAACAACAAAUCUCGUACAUUUCAGCAUACAAAACGCCACGCGAAAAAGUUCAGUGUGUUGUUCGGUGUAUAACAUGCAUAAUGAAUUUACUACAAAUGUCUUCAAACCGAAUCCCAUCGGCUGAUGAUUUGGUCCCAGUUUUGAUUUAUGUUGUGAUAAUGGCCAAUCCUCCGUAUUUAUUGUCAACGAUUCAAUAUGUGAACGCAUUUAUUGGCGAAGAAAUCGAAGGCGAGGAUCAGUACUGGUGGACUCAGUUCUGUUCAGCGGUCCAAUUUAUCAAAACCAUGGACUAUCGCGAUUAACCUAGUGCCCUCUCUAAAUUCAAAGCAAUUUGUAAAUAGAUUUUUCAUUGAAAGUUGAAAAAAUAUUCAUUUUUUUCUUAUUAUUAUUUCCAAACUGUGUUCGAUUGGAAUGGUAAAAACCUAAAACACCAAAAAAAAGUAAAAGAAAAAUUAUUUACAGUGAUGUAUUUAAAUGUUAUUUACACUUGAAAUAAUUUAGGAUAAGAGAAUAAAAAUACUAAACCACCUCCGAAUAAAUUGUAAGCAACUCCUGCUUUAAAAAAAAAAUGUAUAAUCGAAAUUUUUAUGUUUGGUGCUCAUUUUCGAAUCUAUUGCAAUUUCUUCAUGGCCAAAUACACGAAUAAAAAUGAAAAGGUAUAGUAAAACAUGAAAUUUUUAUAUAAAUUAACUUUGAACACUCACUUAAUUACAAUAAACCAAUAUUUUUGAAAUAACGGUUAAACAAUUUGUAGAAUUUAAAGAAUAUUUGCAGCAAAUAAAAUAUAUUUAAUAAAA